GAAUGAGUCCGGUCGUUUAAGGCAUGGUCAACUCUUCUUAUAGCUCAUCCAUUAUUGAACCUCGUAACCAUUCCCAAAAUGCAUUUGUAUUGCUUGUUUCUUCCUUGUUCCCUUCUCCUUCCAGAGCUUAUGUUCCCCCAAACCAGGACCAUGUGCAAUAAAAUCCAGUAUUGACUCGGCACUCUCAUCUCAAUUAGUUGAUUCGGAACAAUAAACAAGUGCAGUUGCUUGUUGAAUGCACAACUUCUGUAAUAGAGUAACAACAACACUAGCAAACCUCCACUUGCUAAUGCACCCGCUCCAGAAUGAAAGUCAGCUUAAAGCAUACAGUAUAGUAUGAUUGACUCUUACUCUGGUUGGCUUCUGGAACUCUACCACUUAUUUCCCGGCGCACGAGGGCUUUCGAUCUAUACCCUAAACUUGCUCUGCUGACUCACAAAACUCUAACACUGUGAAACUCCUAAGGCACAACGAUGAACUCAAAGAAUCUAUCGUUAAGAAUCCAUCUCUAAUUACCCGCGAAAAUCUAUUUCUAAUUGUGGGGCCCGCUUCAAUCUCUCUUUUGAAUCUGACUGGCUUCAAUCUAUCUUCUCUUUUGAAUCUUAUAAAUCAAUAGCUAUAAUCUUCUCUAAAUGAGUAAUAAAAGACCAGUUCAUAGUAGUUCUUUCUUUUCUCUUUCUCUAUUCUUUUCUGGAUUCUCUAAUUGAGUAAUAAAAGACCAGUUCAUAGUAGUUCUUUCUUUUCUCUUUCUCUAUUCUUUUCUUUAAGAUUAGCGCAUAUAAGUCCAAUCAAAUAAUCUAUAAUAUAGACCUCCUCAUAGUUCUAUAAUAUAGACCUCCUCAUAGUUAACAAAACAUCUGACUUUUCUUUUCUCAUAUUAGGCGCUACUUCUUUUCUUUUCUCAUAUUAGGCGCUACUUCUUUUCUUUUCUCAUAUUAGGCGCUACUUCUUUCUUUUCUAAACGGAAGUUCCAGUUGAGUAGCAGGACCGGAAGCAGCCCGCCCGGAUUACAAGAUAAGAUUUCGGGGGGCCCCGCAGUUCUCAACUCAACCAUUACCCAAGAAAGAGAUGAUAAAGGACCAACGACGAUCUAUGAGGAUAAGGAGUAGGAGUAGUAGGAGCUUUCAUGACAGUAUAGGCAGCAUAAUAUCAAGAUGACGAGAGAGAGAAUGAGACAAAGCCUCAAAGGUGGAGCACUUAGACAUUUCACUUUGAGUCUGCGUAAGUCUGCAGGUAGGAAUUCUUCCGGUCGUAUUACUUCUUUUCACCGAGGGGGUGGCUCAAAGCGAUUGCAGCGAAAAAUCGACCUGAAACGCAGCACUGAGUCUAUUGGCAUUGUUGAAAGGAUCGAAUAUGACCCUAAUCGUUCUUCUCGGAUCGCUCUAGUACGAUGGGGGGUUAAGCUACGCCGCCAGAGGAAAUGCAACACGAUAGAAGAGUUCGCUCCGCCGCGUAAGAUCCUAGAAUCCACCAUUGCCACUAUCUUUUGCCUUUAUUCGUUCUCUUCCCUGCCCGGUCAAGUUUCUCAAAGAAGGGGCUCCCAAGCCAAGUGCUUGCUUACGCUUAAUGUAGUGGUCGGCCUUCCAACCUUCAUGCCUCCUUGGUCGAAGAGCCAAGCCAGCGCAGGAAGCAAACAAACUAGCGCGAAGGACGUUUUCUUCUCUUCCCUGUCCUCCCCCUUUGCCAAGGGAGAUACUACAUCCCUUUGCUUCGAUAGCUCUUUAAGUAUCCCAAGGAUAGCAGUAGCUGGGGCAAAGCGCACUUUCUUUGCUCCGCGAAUGAGAGAUCAAGUUCUUGGAAUCAAUCCGUUUUCUCUUUGCGAGAUCCGAAAGUGGAGAACGGAUUGCGUUAUCUGGGCACAUAGGAUCAAACGUAAAGGAGCGCUUUCUUGGCAGAGUUUGAGGCAGCAAGAAAGAUUAGGGCUUGUUGAAGCAGCUGAGCAUAAUGAAUCGAAGCCGAAGACGGAUCAAGGUAGCUUGCAAGCCAAGCCUAUAGGCGAAGGUAUGAAGGAUAGAGCGUGCAAAGUCGAUCGUGCACCUGUCACUUAUAUAUUAGCAAGUCAUCAAUUGGAAGCGGGUAAAACGGUGAUGAAUUGCGAUUGGUCCAAACCUUCUAAAAGCUUCUUGCGACCUGCCCAGAAUGUCCAUACAUACCUUCGUCGGUUCCAAGACCUUGUUCCCACUGCGAAUUCAGAUCGGGUUGAAGGGAGCAAUGAGCUGGCUGCUUCUUUGCCACGCCCCCCAGUUUCUAGAUACAGGAAAGGAGAUCUCAAUUCUCAAGUAGGAAAUUGCAUACCAUUAGCAAAUCUACGUAUGGGAACAUGGGUACAUGAUAUUGAAUGUAAUCCAGGUCAAGGCGCAAAGCUAGUUCGAGCCGCAGGAACAUAUGCGAAAAUAAUCAAGGAGCCUGCCUCACUCUGUCUUGUGCAGCUACCUUCGGGUGUUUCCAAACAAAUAGAUUCCCGAUGCCGAGCUACAAUUGGUAUAGUUUCUAAUCCCAACCAUGGUGCACGUAAGCUUCGAAAAGCUGGACAAAGCCGGUGGUUAGGCAGACGCCCCAUUGUUCGUGGUGUUGCAAUGAAUCCAGUGGAUCAUCCUCAUGGAGGAGGUGAGGGGCGCACGAAAGGAGGUAGACCUUCGGUGUCACCUUGGGGGAAGCCAACCAAAGCAGGAUUUCGGGCAGUAUUGGGGGUUGGUCAAGUCAGAAUGUAGUUAAUCAUGCCACGACGAUCUCUAUGGAAGGGGAGUUUUCUUGAUGCUUUCCUGUUUAGAAUGAAGAAGAACAGAGAACAGAUUGAUAGCAGGAAAAUUUGGUCACGUAGAUCUUCUAUUUCGCCAGAAUUCGUUGAUUGCUCCGUACUCAUUUACAAUGGAAAAACUCCUGUUCGUUGUAAGAUCACUGAUGGAAAGGUUGGGCAUAAAUUUGGAGAGUUUGCUUUUACACGGUCCU